GGGCGGGAUGCUGCUGGACGCGGGGCCGCAGUUUCCGGGGCUGGGGGUGGGCACCUUCGCGCGGGCCCCCCCGGGGUCGGCGGCGGCGGAGAUGCAGGACCGGGAGCUGAGCCUGCCCAACAGCUUCGUGGACGCGGCGGCGGCGGCGCACCUGGGCGCCUUCAAGCUCAACGCGGCGGCGGCUGCGGCGGCGGCGGCGGCCCACGAGCUCUCCCCGGGCCAGGGCUCGGCCUUCAGCUCGCAGGCGCCCGCCUACCCGCACGCCGCCCAUGUGGGCUCCUACUCCGCGCCGCCCUUCAACUCGCCCCGGGACUUCUUGUUCCGCAGCCGCGGAUUCGGCGAGGCGGCGGCGGCGGGCGGGGGCCAGCACGGACUCUUUGGGGCGGCGGCGGCGGCCGGGGGGGCCCCGGGCAGCCUCCACCACGCUCACGCCGAGGCGCAGGGCCACCUGCUCUUCCCGGGCAUCGGCGAGCAGCACGGCGCGCCCGGGUCGCCCAACGUGCUCAACGGGCAGAUGCGGCUCAGCCUGCCGGGGGAGGUCUUCGGCCGCACGGAGCAGUACCGGCAGGUGUCCAGCCCUAGGACUGACCCCUACGCCGCAGCCCAGCUGCACGGCCAGUACGGCCCCAUGAACAUGGGCAUGAACAUGGCGGCGCACCAUGCCCACCACCCGCACCACGCCCACCACCCGCACCAUGCCCACCACCAUCACCACCACCACCACCCGGGCGCCUUCUUCCGCUACAUGCGCCAGCAGUGCAUCAAGCAGGAGCUCAUCUGCAAGUGGGUCGACCCGGAGCAGCUCAGCAGCCCCAAGAAGAGCUGCAACAAGACUUUCAGCACCAUGCACGAGCUCGUCACCCACGUCUCCGUCGAGCACGUAGGCGGGCCCGAGCAGAGCAACCACAUCUGCUUCUGGGAGGAGUGCCCCCGCGAGGGCAAGCCCUUCAAGGCCAAGUACAAGCUCGUCAACCACAUCCGCGUCCACACCGGCGAGAAGCCCUUCCCCUGCCCCUUCCCCGGCUGCGGCAAGGUCUUCGCCCGCUCCGAGAACCUCAAGAUCCACAAACGCACCCACACAGGCGAGAAGCCCUUCCAGUGCGAGUUCGAGGGCUGCGACCGACGCUUCGCCAACAGCAGCGACCGCAAGAAGCACAUGCACGUCCACACCUCGGACAAGCCCUACUUGUGCAAGAUGUGCGACAAGUCGUACACCCACCCCAGCUCCCUGCGGAAACACAUGAAGGUCCACGAGUCUUCCCCGCAAGGAUCCGAGUCCUCUCCGGCCGCCAGCUCGGGCUACGAGUCCUCCACCCCUCCGGGCUUGGUGUCCCCCACCGCCGAAAGCCAACCUGCGGCGCCCACUAACUUGUCCCCGGCGGCGGCUGCGGCGGCGGCCGUCUCGGCGGUGCACCGGAGUACCGGCGGCGGGAGCGGGGGCGGGGGCGGCAGCGGCGGCGGCGGCGGCGCCAGCCACACCGGCCUGACCUCCAACUUCAACGAGUGGUACGUCUGAAGACGGCUGGGCGGCCGCGGGAUGCCGGGCGCCGCCUCUGCGCGCUCCCUCUCCCCCCCUCUUCGUUUUCACCUGCGGAACAUUUGGGAGCAGCCAGAAAAAAGGAAGAGAAAGAGAGAAAAAGGGGGGAAACGAAGAAGGAGAAGAAGAAGAAGAAGAGGAAGAAGAAGAAGGAAGGAAGGAUUUGAAAGCCGCCCCGAGGUUUCCACGCGCCCCUCCUCCAGGGCCUGGCCAGGCCAGCGACAGAGAGACAACCCCCCCCCCCUCCCGCGCCUGGCUCCCUCGCCCGGGGAACAAAAGAUCAGACGCCCGGACUAGCAGCCCUCCGGCUCGGUUGCCUCCUCCGAAAGUCUCUUUGUGUACAUAAGAGGACGCGCUUCCCUCCCUCUUCCCUGCAAGGUGGGAAAUCAAAGUUUUCUUGGGUUUCUUGUUGUAUAGAAAUUGGCCCACUUCGUAAACGAUGGAUUGGUUUUUUGGGGGGGGGAGUGACUUCCUCUCUCCAAAGUGACGCGCUCCCUUCUUUCCCUCUCUCCCCCCUUCCAAACCGCCCUCUCUUUCUCCUUUUGAUUCACCCAGGGGAUCGGGGGAAAGUAAUGUGGAAUCAAAAUGGUUUCUUUUUGUAAUUGUGGUAUUGAAUAUCGUGUUUCUUUCGAAAGAGGCAACUUUGAUUGUAAGCUUCAUUCAAACUAUAGACUGAAAAGAUUUUUUUUAAAGCGAACAAAAUUUUUUAAGGUGCCAAAGUCUCUAUGCUGUCCUUCAAAACACCGCCAGACUAAUUCUUCCUUCUCUUCCAACGCUUGUGAAUGUAUUUUUCCCCCUGUUAGCUGGGUUUACAUGUGAUGUUUUAGUGCUUUUGCCAGUUGGAUUUGUUAGUUCUUGUUUGGAAGGUGACCGGGAGGGGGGAAAUCUGCGUAUUCCCCCCCACCCUAAAUAAUACCCUUCCUUUUGUAAAUACCUGUUGACAUAUUUAUCCAUUUGUAAUUAAAUUAUGGUAUUAACUUGCUACAGAGGAAACAGUAUUUAUAAAGAAUGUUUCUUAACUAUAAAUAUGUACAACUGUGAGCAUUAAACUGUUUCAGAUUUUUUUUAAUUUGAAGGUUGAUGUGGUUUUAUCAUUUCUUGUGAUAUGGUUUUUUUCCCGAGAGUAAUGCAUACAGAAAUAUAAUAAAAUGUGUUGAAACUGCA